GCAAUAUAAUUUGUGAAUUCAUUGGACAGCGCUAAUGUUAUCAGAAUACAAAGUAAAAAAUAAAGUUAACCACCCGGGAGGAAAAAGAAAUUUUAUUUUAUCAACGACCUAACUGAAGAAAUUUACUACUCAAAAAAAUUUCUUCAAAAUUGUAUAUUACAUUAUAGCUGCUAAAAUGUCAAUCUUAAAAAAUGGAAUGAAACUUUUUAUGAAUCGGUCUACUCAAAAUAUUUUAGGAAUUAAAUCAAAUAAAUGUAUUCACUCGCCAUCAACUAUAGAACUGAGUAAACUAUCAAGUACAAUAUCUCCUGUUGCAAGAGCAUAUGCAUCAAAUGAAUCAAACGAAGAAAAAUUUCCUAAUAUGCCAGUUGAUCGUAUUACAUGUACCAUGAUUCCUGGUGAUGGAGUUUAUCCUGAGUUAAUGAAUUCUGUUAAAACGGUUUUCAAAGAAAUCGGUGUUCCUGUUGAUUUUGAAACAAUACUGUUUUCAGAAGUACAGCACAAUAGUAGUGCUAAAGUGGAAGAUGUUAUCAAGUCAAUAAAUCGUAAUAGAAUCUGUUUAAUGGGGGCACUUAUGAGUCCUGAUGUAAGUUAUUCUGGGGAACUUCAAAACUUGCAUAUGAAACUAAGAAAAGGCUUAGAUUUAUAUUCAAAUGUUGUACAUGUAGUAUCAUGGCCAGGAGUUGCAUCAAAGCAUAAAAAUAUAGAUAUUGUUAUUAUUCGAGAACUUACUGAAGGCGAAUAUUCAGCUUUAGAACAUGAAUCUGUUGAUGGUGUUGUUGAAUGUUUAAAAAUUGUUACAGCAGCAAAAUCUCAAAGAAUAGCUAAAUUUGCUUUUGAUUAUGCAAUUAGAAACAACCGUAAACGAGUUACUUGUGUUCAUAAAGCAAAUAUUAUGAAAUUAGGAGACGGAUUAUUUUUAAAAAGUUGUACUGAAAUUAAACAAUUGUAUCCAAGUGUAAACUUUGAAUCUAUGAUUGUGGACAACUGUACUAUGCAAAUGGUAUCCAACCCUCAACAAUUUGAUAUAUUAGUUAUGCCCAAUUUAUAUGGUAAUAUAUUAGAUAAUUUGGGAGCUGGCUUAGUUGGUGGAGCUGGUGUUGUUGCCAGUUCAUCAUUCAGUCCAGAAUGUGCUGUUUUUGAACCAGGUGCAAGACAUGUUUUCCAAACUGCUGUUGGUAAGAACAUUGCUAAUCCAACAGCAAUGUUAAUGUGCGCAUCUAAAAUGUUAAGACAUGUUAAUCUACAAUACUAUAGUGAAGCUAUAAGAACUGCUAUUAGAGAAGUAUUAGCUGCGGGAAAAGUAAGAACUAGAGACUUAGGUGGAUCAAGUAGUACUCAUGAAUUCACUGACGCUGUUAUUAAAGCUAUUAUUUAAAUCCUGUUGCUAAAUUAUUUAAAUUAAUUUGAAACUUCCUAAUAAUUUAUUUUGUUUUAUUUAUUUAACAUAAUUUAAACAUAUUGUUCAUAACCCUUAGUAUGUAUAAUUUUUGCCUGAAAUAUAUAAUUUAUUAAUAAACCUUGCCUGUUUAAAUUGUAAAAUUAGUAAGUUAAAAUUAAUUUGAUUGUAUUAUAGAAUUAAGUAUUUGAUUGUAUAGCUGUGUAAAAUAAAAUUAAAAAAUAUA